GGUAUUUAAAAGCGUAACGGCGAGGCGCGCAUAGUUGGUAUAUUGUCAGACAGCUUUCACGGUCACACGGUGCAGGAGAGUGUCUGUUUUUGAAACUGUUUCGUUUAAAAAUAGUAAAUGCAACGAACUUUGGCGUGCUGUACAGCUCCACUCUUUAUGACUAAGCUAGCCAGCUGAACAAUGAGUCUGCAGAACACAACAUGGGUUACGGAAAACACCCCCAUGGAUGCCACGAAUCGUGGUGACCUGGAAAAGAUUUUGGCCAUGGUUGUCCUUGGAUUGGGAAGUUUUGGUUCGGGCAUAUUACCCGCCUUUAUUUCGGAACGGAAUCGUUUGCGAUUUCCAUUAUUUACCUCGCUUCUCCUGUGUUUCGGUGCCGGCAUUCUGCUAGCCACCGCUUUGGUGCACAUUCUUCCAGAGGUGCGCGAGCAAAUGAACUCGAAUUUUGCUGAAGUGGCUAUGUGCGGAGGAUUCUUCAUUAUAUAUUUUAUAGAUGAGUUCAUACACUACUUUUUCGGCGAGGCAAUUCAUCACGACCAUUCACAUUCAAAUCCUGAACCGGCUGUUCCCAGCAAUCGAAACGGCUAUGGAGCAGUGGGUGAACGGGCGCCUUUGUUAUCAACGGACCAAGAUUCUACAGCUCACUCUCAUGAACACCAUCAUGAUCAUGAUCACCCGCACUCCUCAUCCGGUUGCGAUGACGCCACCGUUGAGGACGCCAAUGCCCGCAUUUGCCAUACGAGCCACACCGAACCAUGCGUCCAGUCGAUGACGGGCACUCUGGGACUCUUUGUUGCCCUCUCCCUGCAUUCGGCCAUCGAGGGCCUUGCGAUCGGCGUACAAAAUUCGUCCACAAAGGUUCUAUUUCUAUUAGGGGCAGUAGCAUGCCACAAGUUCGUUAUGGGCUUUUGUCUGGGUCUCGAGUUCCGCUCCAACCCACAGACGAGUUUUCGCGCCCAGCUAGCCGGCAUUUCGGUUUUUGCGGCCGGAGCGGUAUGCGGAAUUGCACUGGGUAUGCUUAUCGUGGAUGUGCCGUCUGGUUGGUCCACUAAAACACUGCCCAUAAUCCAAGCACUGGCGGGGGGAACGCUCUUCUACGUCACUGUCUGUGAAGUGAUACCGCGGGAAAAGGCGCGCUGGCACACAACCCCAUCGAGACGCUGGGCCGGAUUUGCGCAGUUCGCGACUGUGCUCGCCGGCUUCGCCACCAUGUGCAUCAUAAACUUUUAUCUUUCUGAUGAAUAAUUGGAGUUUGGUGUGUGGAUCUUCUGUGAUGUGACCCAAGUGUGCCUUUUUUACACCUUUAUGUUCCAUCCUGUUUAGGUUAUUAUUAUGUUUUGGCAGCUGUGUUAUGUUUCAUAAUAAUGUUCAAUGAAUCUUGUUUUAAUCCAAAUGUCCUCCA